AUGUCGAAAAGACACCAGAAAAAUGUGGAGCGCCAGCUCAUCGAGAUCGUCAAUUUGAGCGGCAACGACAACAAGUGUGGUGAAUGUGGCGCCGGAUAUCCUACUUGGGCCUCGUGGAACUUGGGGAUUCUUCUCUGCGGUCGCUGUGCUUCGGUGCAUAGAAGAGUGUUGUCAGCCGACGUUUCCAAGGUAAAAUCGUUGACUUUGGACACGUGGAGCAACGAUCAGAUCGAGAGGUUACGUCGCAUUGGAAACCGCCGUGCUCGCAAGCGGUGGAACCCAAAAAGGGUGCCAUUUCCCCACAGUGAUGAUGACGAUUUGGGUCCCAUCGAACAGUAUGUGAGAGACAAAUAUCUCAACGGACGCUUCCGUGACGACGGUAUUGAUGAUUCCGAGUAUAAUGACCGCGCCGGUAGGUAUUCAGACACUGGAGACGACUAUGAGCCUUCAACCAGUCGCAGUAGACUGAACCUGGCACUUGUGAACUCUCGGUCUCGGGCACGAUCAACAGGAGGACAAUUGCCGGUGUUGACACACCGGAAGAUGACAACAUUCGAAAGCUCCCAAUACUCCAACCAGACAGGUAAAAUUUUGGGUUUUGGAUAUAAGAAUCGGGACUCAGUUGUCGAGGCAUUGAUUUUGGCAGACGGUAAUAUAGAGACCGCCCUAGAUAUAUUGGACAAUGACGCCCGAGUUAACCCCGAGGGUCAGGAGCAGGCUCCCAAACUCCCUUCGCGGCCUUCGUCGUCGAGACCUGCCCCAACCACUCUGCUGGAAAGUAACCCUAUGAGUCUGUUAUUACAACCACCACAAAACGAUUGGUGGAGCGGAAGCAGCACGUCUGCACCAGCCUCUGCCACGGCCACUGGACCCCAAAUCUACCAAUAUACCGAUCCAAUCACGGGCCAAGUGUCGUAUAUCGAUGCCAAUGGACAGCAGUAUCUCGACACCAACAACCCGCAGCAUCAGCAACUUUUGGCUCAGCAGACAAACCCACAACUUAUUGCUCAGCAAACAAACAAGCAAAACAUAUUGUCUUUGUACAAUCAGCCUAAUAACACAAACGUUGCAACCGAUCCAAACCAAUUGCAACAGCAACAAUUACAACAACAACAGUUACAACAACAGCAGUUACAACAACAACAGUUACAACAACAGCAGUUACAACAACAACAGUUACAACAACAACAGUUACAGUAUCAGCAACAAAUGCAGUACCAGCAGUAUCCCCAGCAAACAGGUUUCAUGAAUCAACAACCACAGGCCUUUCCGCAGUCCACUGGUCAGUUUCAGGGUUAUCGCCAGUAA